AUGAAUUACUCCUCGUUCCUUCGGAUCUGGGUCUCUUUCAUCUUCGCGCUGGUACAGCACCGAGCUCAGCCCAGGGAGCUCAUGUACCCAUUUUGGCAGAAUGACACCAAAACCCCCAAAGUAGACGACGGAAGCUCCCCCGAGAUCAAGCUGGCCAUCCCCAUCUUCUUCUUUGGCGUGCCUUACCGCACCGUCUAUGUCAAUAACAACGGCGUUGUCUCCUUCAACGUGCUGGUGAGCCAGUUCACGCCCGAGUCCUUCCCCUUGACGGACGGGAGGGCCUUCAUCGCCCCGUUUUGGGCAGACGUGCACAACGGAAUCCGAGGCGAGAUCUACUACAGAGAGACCAUGGACCCUGCCAUCCUGACAAGAGCCACCAAGGACAUCAGGAAGCACUUCAAGGACAUGGCAGCCUUCUCGGCCACGUGGGUCUUCAUUGUGACCUGGGAGGAAGUCACGUUUUACGGAGGGAGCAGCACCACGCCCGUGAACACCUUCCAGGCCGUCCUGGUGUCUGAUGGCUCUCACACAUUCACGCUCUUCAAUUACUAUGAAAUCAACUGGACCACGGGGACAGCAAGCGGCGGGGACCCCCUGACAGGUCUUGGGGGAGUGAUGGCACAGGCAGGAUUUAACGGUGGGAACCUCAGCAACUUCUUCAGCCUCCCGGGGUCCAGAACCCCCGACAUUGUGAACAUCCAGGAGACCACGAACGUCAACGUUCCCGGCCGCUGGGCGUUCAAAGUGGACGGGAAAGAGAUUGACCCGGCCAAUGGCUGCACCUCCAGAGGGCAGUUCCUGCGGCGAGGGGAGGUGUUCUGGGAGGACCUGAACUGCACCAUCAAGUGCCGCUGCCUGGACUUCAACAAUGAGAUCUACUGCCAGGAGGCCGCUUGCAGCCCCUAUGAGGUGUGCGAGCCCAAAGGCAAGUUCUCCUCCUGCAGCCCCGUGGAGACCGGCACCUGUGUGGUGUUCGGGGAGCCGCACUACCGCACCUUCGACGGCUUCGUCUUCCAUUUCCAGGGCUCCUGCGCCUACCUGCUGGCCCGGCACUGCGUGCGGGCGGCCCACCUCCCCUUCUUCAGCGUGGAGGCCAAGAACGAGCGCCGGGCCGGCAAGGCCGUCUCCACGCUGAGGGAGCUCUCCGUGGAGGUGAACGGCUACAAGAUCCUCAUCCCCAAAGGGAGCUACGGGAAAGUCAAGGUGAAUGAUCUAGUGACUUCUUUGCCCAUCACCUUAGACUUGGGGGCUGUGAAAAUCUACCAGAGUGGCAUGUCCACUGCCGUGGAAACAGAUUUUGGGCUCUUAGUGACGUUUGAUGGCCAGCACUACGCCUCCAUCUCCAUCCCGGGCUCCUACACCAACUCCACCUGCGGGCUCUGUGGGAACUACAACAAGAACCCGCUGGACGACUUCCUCCGCCCGGACGGUAGGCCGGCCAUGUCUGUGCUGGAUCUGGGAGAGAGCUGGCGGGUCUACCAUGCUGAGUGGCUAUGCGACUCGGGCUGCGUGGACAACUGCACCCAGUGCGACACGGCCACCGAGGCCCUGUACUUCGGCCCCGACUACUGCGGCUUCCUCAACAAGACAGACGGGCCCCUGUGGGAGUGCGGCACCGUGGUGGACCCCACGGCCUUCGUGCACAGCUGCGUGUAUGACCUGUGCAGCGUGAGGGACAACGGGACUCUCCUCUGCCAAGCCAUCCAGGCCUAUGCCCUCGUGUGCCAAGCCCUCGGCAUUCCGAUCGGAGACUGGCGCCUCCAGACUGGGUGUGUAUCCACGGUGCAGUGCCCCAGCUUCAGCCACUACUCUGUGUGCACCAGCAGCUGCCCGGACACGUGCGCAGACCUCACGGCCUCGCAGACCUGCGCCUCGCCCUGCACAGAGGGCUGUGAGUGCAAUGAUGGCUUCGUCCUCAGUGCCAGCCAGUGCGUCCCACUGCACGAGUGCGGCUGCGACUUCGACGGCCGCUACUACACUCUGGGGGAGUUCUUCUGGGCCACGGCCAACUGCACAGUGCAGUGCCUGUGCGAGGAGGGCGGCGACGUGUACUGCUUCAACCGGACCUGCCGUGCCGACGAGGUGUGCACCGUGGAGCAGGGCCACCGCGGCUGCUUCCCCCGGCGCGAGACCGUGUGCCUGCUCAGCCAGGACCAGGUGCUGCACACCUUCGAUGGCGCCGCCUUCGCCUUCCCCGCCGAGUUCUCCUACACGGUGCUCAGGACCUGCCCCGAGCAGCCCGAGUACUUGGAGAUUGACAUCAACAAGAAGAAGCCCGACGGAGGGCCUGCCGGGCUGCGAGGCCUCCGGAUCCUGGUGGCCAACCAGGAGGUUAAGAUCGGAGGGGUCGGGGCCUCGGAAGUCAAGGUGAACGGCCAGGAGGUGGAACUGCCUUUCUUCCACCUCUCGGGGAAGCUGGAGGUUCACCGGACCCAGAACAGCACGACGGUGGAGUCCAAGGGCGUGGUGAGCGUGCAGUACUGGGCCUCGGGGCUGCUGUACGUGCGCCUGUCCACCGUCUACUUCAACUGCACCGGCGGCCUGUGCGGCUUCUUCAACGCCAACGCCAGCGACGAGUUCUGCCUCCCCAACGGCAAGUGCACGGACAACCUGGCCGUGUUCCUGGAGAGCUGGACCACCUUCGAGGAAAUCUGCAACGGCGAGUGCGGGGACCUGCUCAAGGCCUGCGGCAACGACUCGGAGCUGCUCAAGCUCUACCGCAGCCGCGCGCGCUGCGGCGUCAUCAACGACCCGUCCAACAGCUCGUUCCUGGAGUGCCACGGCGUGGUCAACGCCACCGCCUACUACCGCACCUGCCUCUUCCGCCUCUGCCAGAGCGGCGGCAACCUGUCCGAGCUCUGCGACGCCGUGGCCCGCUACGCUGGCGCCUGCAAGAACGCCGACGUGGAGGUGGGGCCCUGGCGCACCUACGACUUCUGCCCUCUGGACUGCCCGGAGAACAGCCACUUUGAGGAAUGCAUGACCUGUACAGAGACCUGCGAGACGCUGGCCCUGGGCCCCAUCUGUGUAGACAGCUGCUCGGAGGGGUGUCAGUGCGACGAGGGCUAUGCCCUGCAAGGCAGCCAGUGUGUUGCCCGGAGCGAGUGUGGCUGCAACUUUGAGGGGCACCAACUUGCCACAAACCAGACCUUCUGGGUGGACCUGGACUGCCAGAUCUUCUGCUACUGCAAUGGCACGGACAACAGCGUCCACUGCGAGACCGUCCCCUGCAAGGAUGAUGAGUACUGCAUGGAGGAGGGCGGCCUGCACUACUGCCAGCCCCGCACCGAUGCCUCCUGCAUCGUCUCAGGCUACGGCCACUACUUGACCUUCGACGGCUACGCCUUUGACUUCCAGACCAGCUGCCCACUCAUCCUGUGCACCACGGGAAGCAGGCCGAGCGCAGAGUCAGUCCCCAAGUUUAUUGUCACGGCCAAGAAUGAGGACCGGGACCCAUCACUGGCCUUGUGGGUCAAGCAGGUGGACGUGACCGUGUUUGGCUACAGCAUAGUGAUUCACAGGGCCUACAAGCACACUGUGCUGGUCAACAAUGAACGGCUGUAUCUCCCUUUGAAACUGGGUCAAGGGAAGAUAAAUAUCUUUUCCUUUGGCUUCCAUGUGGUGGUGGAGACAGAUUUUGGCCUGAAGGUCGUGUAUGACUGGAAGACCUUCCUGUCAAUCACAGUCCCACGGACCAUGCAGAAUGGCACCUCCGGUUUGUGUGGCCGCUAUAACGGCAACCCCGACGACGACCUGGAGAUGCCCAUGGGGCUGCUUGCAUCCAGCAUCAAUGAGUUUGGGCAGAGCUGGGUGAAGAGGGACACCUUCUGCCAGGUGGGCUGUGGGGACCGCUGCCCCUCCUGUGCCAAGGUGGAAGGCUUCUCCAAGGUGCAGCAGCUGUGCAGCCUGAUCCCCAACCAGAACGCGGGCUUCACCAAGUGUCACAGCAAAGUCAACCCCACCUUCUUCUACAAGAACUGCCUGUUUGACUCCUGCAUCGAUGGGGGCGCGGUGCAGACGGCCUGCAGCUGGCUGCAGAACUACGCCAGCACCUGCCAGACACAGGGGAUCGCUGUGACCGGCUGGAGGAAUUACACAUCCUGCUCCCCCAGUAACCAGCGUUCAAAUUGCUGUCUCUUCGAACUUGAGUACUUUAGAUACUACAUCCACUACGAGAGCUGCGUGAGUGUGUGCCAGCCGCGCUGCCGCAUCCGCCUCAAGAGCGACUACCACUACUGCGUGGAGGGCUGCCAGUGCGGGGGCUACGUGCUCAACGGCAAGAGCUGCAUCCUGCCGCACAGCUGUGGCUGCUACGCCGAUGGCAAAUACUACGAGGUGGGCGCCCGACCCGCUGCUGCCGUCCAAAUCCGGCCGAGGAGAUGCCCCCCUGCGCCAACGGGGGUGCGCGGCUGCUUCAGCACCAGGACCUCCUACUGCCUGGCGGCUGGCGGCGGCGUCUUCCGCACCUUCGACGGCGCCUUCCUGCGCUUCCCUGCCAACUGCGCCUUCGUGCUCUCCACCAUCUGCCAGAAGCUGCCCGACAUCUCCUUCCAGCUCAUCAUCAACUUCGACAAGUGGUCGUCCCCCAACCUCACCAUCAUCUCGCCCGUCUACUUCUACAUCAACGAGGAGCAGAUUCUCAUCAGCGACCGCAACACCGUCAAGGUGAACGGCACACAAGUGAAUGUCCCUUUUAUAACUGGGUUGGCAACCAAAAUCUACAGCAGCGAAGGGUUCCUGGUGAUUGACACCAGCCCCGACAUCCAGAUAUACUACAACGGCUUCAACGUCAUAAAAAUCAGCAUCAGCGAGAGGCUGCAGAACAAAGUGUGUGGCCUCUGUGGCAACUUCAAUGGGGACUUAACUGACGACUACGUGACCCUGCGGGGGAAGCCAGUGGUGAGCAGUGUGGUGCUGGCCCAGAGCUGGAAAACCAACGGCAUGCAGAAGAGUUCCAUGCCGUGCAAGUCCAGAGUGAACACGGCACCUGCUUGUUGGUGUGGAAGUCAAGUGUGCGCGUUCCUGUUCUCCCUUUUAGCAGGAGUGGUGGACGAUCCCUGCGUGGGGGCCGACUGUCCCAACCGGACCUGUGAGCUGGACAACGGCGGGGAGCUGUGCGGCUGCAUCGAGCCUCCCCCCUACGGGAACAACUCGCACGACAUCAUCGAUGCGGAGGUGACCUGCAAGGCGUCCCAGAUGGAGGUGUCCAUCUCCAAGUGCAAACUCUUCCAGCUCGGCUUCGAGAGAGAGGGCGUGAGGGUCAAUGACAGGCAGUGCACGGGCAUCGAAGGGGAAGACUUCAUCUCCUUUCAGAUCAACAACACCAAAGGCAACUGCGGGAACAUCGUGCAGUCCAAUGGCACUCACAUCAUGUACAAGAACACAAUCUGGAUAGAAAGCGCCAACAACACAGGCAACAUCAUCACCAGGGACCGGACCAUCAACGUGGAGUUCUCGUGUGCUUACGAGCUGGACAUCAAGAUCUCCUUGGACUCGGUGGUGAAGCCCAUGCUGAGUGUCAUUAACCUGACCGUUCCAACCCAAGAGGGCAGCUUCACCACCAAGAUGGCGCUCUACAAAAAUGCCUCCUACAAGCACCCGUACCGCCAGGGCGAGGUGGUGCUGACCACGCGAGACGUGCUGUACGUCGGGGUCUUUGUGGUCGGAGCUGAUGCCACCCAUUUGAUCCUGACGCUGAACAAGUGCUAUGCCACACCCUCACGCGACAGCAAUGACAAACUCCGAUACUUCAUCAUUGAAGAAGGGUGUCAGAACAUUAAAGACAACACCAUUGGCAUCGAGGAGAAUGGGGUCUCCCUCACCUGCCGCUUUCACGUCACAGUCUUCAAGUUCAUCGGGGAUUAUGAUGAAGUCCAUCUUCACUGCGCAGUGUCACUCUGCGAUUCGGAGAAGUACUCCUGCAAAAUAAAUUGCCCACAAAAUUCCAGGAUUGCCACAGAAUAUACCAAAGAACCUAAAGAACAGAUCAUUUCAGUGGGACCCAUUAGGAGAAAAAGGCUGGACUGGUGUGAGGACAACGGAGGGUGUGAGCAGAUCUGCACCAGCCGGGUGGAGGGGCCCCUGUGCAGCUGUGUGACGGGCACCCUGCAAGAGGACGGCAAGAGCUGCCGAGCCUCUAAUUCUUCCACUGAGCGUCAAGUCUGGACACUGCUUCUCGUCAUGACCCAGAUUUCAUUGUGGCAUUUUGUGUAUAAAUCAGUCACGACCUCAUAA